AUGAACGCGCCGCUGGACGGCCUGUCGGUGGGCUCGUCCUCCACCGGCUCGCUGGGCUCGGCGGCCGGGGCGGGCGGCGGCGGGGGCGCGGGGCUGCGACUGCUGUCUGCCAACGUGCGCCAGCUGCACCAGGCGCUGACCGCGCUGCUGAGCGAGGCGGAGCGGGAGCAGUUCACGCACUGCCUGAACGCCUACCACGCGCGCCGCAACGUCUUCGACCUGGUGCGCACCCUGCGCGUGCUGCUGGACAGUCCGGUCAAGCGGCGCCUGCUGCCGAUGCUGCGGCUGGUCAUCCCGCGCUCCGACCAGCUGCUCUUCGACCAGUAUACGGCGGAGGGCCUCUACCUGCCCGCCACCACCCCCUACAGGCAACCCGCCUGGGGCGGCCCCGACGGCGCGGGGCCCGGGGAGGUGCGUCUGGUGAGCCUGCGGCGCGCCAAGGCCCACGAGGGUUUGGGCUUCAGCAUCCGCGGGGGCUCGGAGCAUGGCGUGGGCAUCUAUGUGUCGCUGGUGGAGCCGGGCUCUCUGGCCGAGAAGGAGGGGCUGAGAGUCGGGGACCAGAUUCUGCGUGUCAACGACAAAUCCCUGGCCCGAGUGACCCACGCUGAGGCCGUCAAGGCUCUCAAGGGCUCCAAGAAGCUGGUGCUCUCUGUGUACUCAGCGGGGCGCAUCCCCGGCGGCUACGUCACCAACCACAUCUACACCUGGGUGGACCCCCAGGGCCGCAGCAUCUCGCCGCCCUCAGGCCUGCCCCAGCCCCACGGCAGCGCCCUGCGGCAGCAUGAGGGUGACAGGAGGAGCACCCUACACCUCCUGCAAGGCGGGGAUGAGAAAAAGGUCGGGGACCAGAUUCUGGAGGUGAAUGGGCGGAGCUUUCUCAACAUCCUGCACGACGAGGCGGUCAGGCUGCUCAAGUCAUCCCAGCAUCUCAUCCUGACCGUGAAGGAUGUCGGGCGGCUGCCCCACGCCCGCACCACCGUGGACGAGACCAAGUGGAUCGCCAGUUCCCGGAUCGGGGACGCUGCCGCCAGCUGCCCAGGGUUUCCCGGGGAUCUCACAGGAGAAGGGACCAACAAGCUGGGGUUUUACAAGGGGCCAGCCGGCUCCCAGGUGACCCUGAGCAGCCUGGGGAACCAGACGCGGGUGCUGCUGGAGGAGCAGGCGCGGCACCUGCUGACCGAGCAGGAGCGUGCCACCCUGGCCUACUACCUGGAGGAGUACCGCGGCGGCAGCGUGUCCGUGGAGGCCCUAGUCAUGGCCCUGUUCGAGCUGCUCAACACCCAUGCCAAGUUCUCGCUCCUCUCCGAGGUGAGAGGCACCAUCUCCCCCCAAGACCUGGACCGCUUCGACCACCUGGUGCUGAGACGGGAGAUCGAGUCCAUGAAGGCGCGGCAGCCCCCGGGUCCUGCAGGCGGGGACACCUACUCCACGGUCUCCUAUAGCGACACGGGCUCGUCCACAGGCAGCCACGGCACCUCCACCACCGUCAGCUCGGCCAGGAACACUCUGGACCUGGAGGAGACCGGGGAGGCCGUCCAGGGCAAUGUGAACACCCUCUUGGACGUUUCUCUGGAUGAUGUGAAGUUCACCUCCAAGGGGCUGCCUAGCUACAAGCCACCGCCUCCCCCACCCCCUCUGACCCAAGGCCAUGACCACCUCCUCAACCAGCCGAGGAAGCUGGGCAGAGAGGACCUCCAGCCGCCUUCCUCCGCAUCUUCCCACUCGGGCAUCGUCUUCUCGGCUCCGCGGAACUGCAGCCCGCCAGCGGGCACCGCUCCUGUGCCGGAGGCCCCCACAGCACAGGACUCACCCUCCUCCCCUCUCUAUGCCUCCAUCUCCCCAGCCAACCCGGGCUGCAAGAGGCCGUUGGACACCCACCUGGCCCUGGUCAACCAGCACCCCAUCGGCCCCUUCCCGCGGGUCCAGUCACCCCCGCACCUGAAAAGCCCCCCUGCAGAGGCCACGCUGGCCGGUGGUGGCCUUCCGCCAUCCUCCCCUUCUGGCCGCCCGGACCAGGCGGGCACGAACCAGCAUUUUGUCCUGGUGGAGGUGCACCGCCCGGACAGCGAGCCGGAUGUGAAUGAAGUGAGGGCGCUGCCCCAGACACGCACCGCCUCCACACUCUCCCAGCUCUCAGAUAGCGGGCAGACACUGAGCGAGGACAGCGGCGUGGACGCCGGCGAGGCGGAGGCCAGCGCCCCGGGCCGAGGCAGACAGACCGCGUCCACCAAGAGCAGGAGUAGCAAGGAGACGCCUCGGAACGAGAGGACCCCCGAGGGGGCCACCAAACCCCCCGGGCUCUUGGAGCCCACGUCCACCCUCAUCCGCGUGAAGAAAAGUGCGGCCACCCUGGGCAUCGCCAUCGAGGGUGGUGCCAACACCCGCCAGCCCCUGCCUAGGAUCGUCACGAUUCAGCGAGGCGGCUCAGCCCACAACUGCGGGCAGCUCAAGGUGGGGCACGUGAUCCUGGAAGUGAACGGGCUGACGCUUCGGGGCAAGGAGCACCGGGAGGCCGCGCGCAUCAUCGCGGAGGCCUUCAAGACCAAGGAGCGAGACUACAUCGACUUUCUGGUCACCGAGUUCAACGUGCUGCUCUAGGGGCCAAGGCCCGUGGGCCUCCCACCGCUGCCCAGCCCCCAGCCCUGGUCCCUCCUCCCUCCUGGCACUGCUGAGCUCCUUCGGGGGCUGGAGCUGCAUGGCCAGGGAAACAGGAAGACAUCCCCCCUCCACUCCGCACUGGCCCAUUGGACCAGAACCGGGAGAAGAGAGCUGGGCGAGGCAAACAGAAGGUCAGGUCAGGGUCUGAUGCAAUCGUGGUAUACAGUAGGUGCUCAAUACAAGCGUGAAACCUCAGGAAGAGGAGAACGAAAGGGGAAGGGCGGAGCACCUGUGUCUUCACCUGAAGCCUCCCAGGUCCUGUAACUCUGAGUUGAGUGCUCCCUGGCCAGCUAGGACUUGGCCUAUCCCCAGAUGCCGGAGUCUCUGGAAUGAAGUCACAGAAGAAUUCGUGGACACGGCCCCCAACCCGGGGGGCAUCUUGCGGGACCUUCAGUGCCACAAAUAAGCAUCGAGCACCCCCAUUCACACCCCCGUUCCUCCUAGCUCCUCAUCCCCCAUGAUAUUUAUUAUUUAUUUCCAUCCCACAUCCCUGGGGAUUGCAAGACCCCAGCUUCUCACUGCACCCCCCAGCCUAUCCCAGAGGCCUUGCAGGUGACCAGUGAUGUCAAUGUAUUUAUAUACAGAGCUUAUGACUUUAAUUUUUCAAUAAAGAGAUCUGAAC